UUGGGUAAUAAAUUUGGCCCCUUCCAAUUCAAACUCAAAAGAAAUCAAACGUCGACUGCCGCCCUCUCCAAUGGCUGUAAAAGCCUCCCAAGCCUCCUUGCUUCGAUCUCUGUUUCCCUUCCCUCCCUCAUCCGCCUCUUCUCCUUCUCAUGACUUCCGCCGGUGGCCCCAGCGGACCGCUUCGCCGCUUCUGCCUCCUUAUCGCUCCCCUCCUCGCCCCGGUGUGCUCGGACACCGCCGGGAUGGGCUUCGAGUUCCACCGCCGGUUCUCCUACCGCGUGCGGUGGGCGGAGUCCCGCGCCAUCCCCGGCGACUGGUGGCCCCAGAAGGGCACUGCGGAGUACUACGCCGCCCUCGCCCGCCCCGACCGUCCCCUUCGCGGCCGCCUCCUAGGCUGACGGCGAUGCCACCUACUUGCUCAGCUUCCUGGGAUUGCAAGCCCUCCCCUCGCCCUCUAGGGUUUAUGGAUUUGGGGUUUCAAAGUUGGAAUCUUUAAUGGUGAUUGCAUGUUUCUUCUUAUAUUGUUUGGAUCGGAAUCAGCUUGCCUUAUGCUUUCCUCAAGCUGGGGACUCCGAAUGUGACGUUCUUGGUGGCGUUGGACACCGGCAGUGAUCUCUUCUGGGUGCCCUGUGAUUGCCACCAGUGCGCCGUCGCCAAAUUCGAUGUAAGUCUACUGAUUCCAAUCCUUUCAAGCUCGAAUCUUUUAUGGGAUAUGGUUAAUUACUAGUCAUAUCUGUAAACACAGUUCUUCUCUUGGAUUAAGUGUUUGUUCUUCUUGCUGUGUGACUUCUUUCGAUUGAGACCGAGAAUGUUGCCCUGAUAUCUAAAUCAUUCGGUCUUAUUUGAAUAACCUAAAUUCUAUUCUCUAGAUUUAUUGUGGGUUGACUUGAUUAGAGGCAGACAUGAAUGAGAUAUCAUACUUCAAAUCAUACAUUGGUGUUUCUACCAUUCGCAUUAGCCUGCUUGAUGCGUUUUGUUCUUCAGUGUUCUUUGUACUCUUCUCUGACGAUGACAAGAUUAGUCUGUCCGCCUAUGGCUCGCUUAUUUGGUGUAUUUGUUUAUCUCGAUGCCUAUGUUUCAUGUUAUGAACUCAAACUGCAACAGAACUUCGAGUUUGACAUAUAUAGCACCAGUAAUUCAUCAACAAGCCAAAAGAUCACCUGCAAGAACAGCUUAUGCGACAACCAAAAUGCAUGCACUGCAGAAACCAGCAGUUGCCCUUACAUUGUCCAAUACUUAUCUGCUAAUACUUCAACUUCUGGAGUCUUAGUUGAGGAUGUACCGUACCUGAUGACAGAGGAUGAGACUCCUCGAAUUGUUGAAGCACCAAUUGUGUUUGGGUAUGUUGCCUUCAAUUACUACAAUCAUCUUAGGCUUGAAUGGUAAUCGAUUGAUUGCCGGUAUAAUUCUGCAGAUGUGGAGAUAAAACAGGCUGGUGCAUUUCUAGAUGGUGCAGCUCAAUCCUUCUCCAUGUGCUUUGGAGAUGAUGGUCUUGGUAGAAUCAACAUUGGAGACAAAGGCAGCUCGGAUCAACAAGAAGCUGCAUUCAUCAUCAACAAAGCACACACCCAUCUUUCAAAAUCAACAUAACUGGAAUUGCAGUAGGGAAUAAAUCUACCCACAUGGUGUUCGAUGCUCCUGUCGAUUCUGGUACCUCUUUCACAGCCUUGGAGGAUCCAAUCUAUAAAUAUAUUGCAAAGAGUUUCAAUGCACAAGCACAGGUAAAAAGAUACAAAACAGAUCCAGAUUCUACUUUCAAGUAUUGUUUUGAACUGAGCCUCAACCAAACCUCAAUUUUGCUACCUGAAAUAAAUCUCACAACACAUGGUGGGAGUGUCUUUCCUACAAAUCAAUCUAUAUAUUGCCUGGCCAUUGUGAAGAUUUCUGGAAUCAGUAUACUCCGGCAGAAUUUUCUGAUGGGACUUCACGUCGUCUUCGACCGAGAGAGGCUCAUUUUGGGGUGGAAGAACUCCGACUGCUACGCUGCUGACAACUCCACCGGCUCUUCCCCGCCCCUUGCGCCUGCUCCUUCGCCCAGUGGUUGCACGCGGGAGACGGAGGCAAGGGGAAGUACUGCUCAGGUUCCAGUGGGGCUUUCUUCUUGAUUCGAGGACGAACCCUAACCCGGUAGGUGACCCGUUCGCCCGCUCUCACGCGGAUUGGUAUAUGAGGAGGAGCGGUCGCAGUUGGAGCCUUCUUCAGGGCGGAAAAGAAGUAUACGAGCCGUA